AUGUGCAGCGGGCCUCAGAGGCUGUGCAACAUCGAAAUUAUGAUACACACAACCAGAGAGUAUCAACUAGUCUCAGUACAAAGGGGGAUUUCUAGAGAUAUUUCAGGAGUGAUAUUUGCGGGCAAUCCACACCACAGUCAGUAUGGAGACCACUAUUCCCACCUUCUUUCCCAUUCGCUGGCCAACCCAAUACCACCGAGACCAAUACAAGUCGUGCUCCAGCUGCAUCGCAUCUUUCCCCGAGUUGAGAUGCGGGUAUCUACUCUCUGGGACAGGCACCCCAAGGAAUUUGCACAAUGGGCCCCAACCCUGGUCUGCUCUGAACUCUAA